AAGGUCCCUUUAAACAUUAUAGAUGGACAGCAUCAGCUGCAAGACAGAACAAGUUGAUUUUGAAGACCAAACAGAUGCAAAACAAGAACUUAAUACAGACAGUGAGUACAACUCGUCUGAUUUUGAAUUUAUUGAUGAAGAUCAAGCUUAUGUAUCUAACUUUAAAAUUACUGACGAAACGGAAGCUUGUACAUCUACUUUAAAACGAAAACUUGACCUUAAUACACUUUAUUUUAAUUGUAAGGAACAUUUAACGAAUAAUUUCGAUGAAGACUUAAUUAUUUCCGACUAUUUCAAAAGUUUACAGCCUGCAAUAAUUAAUAAUUAUGAUACAAGUUAUAGAGAUAGUCACAGAAUCCCUAACGAGGAAGAGUAUCUCGACCUUUUUGGAGAAAACUUUGCCCCAUAUCCACUGAGAAUUUUCGAAAAUAAAUCCAUUGGUUUUGUGACUCGUACGAAGAUGCAUUGUGGUGGAGUGGGUUUUGAUAUGGAAAUUGAUGAGGAGAACAUUACUCCGGAAGAACGUAAAGAAGCAAAGGAAUCUGCACAGCUAAUCAAUUCCAUGUACCCUGUAGAAAAUAUUCGAAGGCAUUCCAGGCGAACGCGAUGAGUUUUAUAAGUUAUACCUAUUAAUUUUGAAGCGAUUAAAUUUUCUAAAUAAAUUUCA